GAGGCACCUGAGCCGCCAACUUGAGGCAGUGCGCGGCCCGGCGUCCCUCGGGAGCGCGGCCCGACCGAGCCGCCCGCGUGGCGCCUAUCUCGCCCGGGCGCCAGGCGGACCCGCGGGAGCCUGCGCGUCCCCGGGGCCGACGGCUCCUCGAGCGGCCCCGCGCGCGCCACCCGCCCCGCCUCCACCCGGGGCCUCCUCCCGCCUCGCGGGCCCCCCGCACGACCCCGCCGCCCAGCCUGAGCCCUUCGUGCCCCUCAGCGUCGGGAGCAGCGCGCCCCCGGUGACUUCUGACACCGCGUAACCGCCAUUACCUAGAUCAAGAUGAAUAGCGAUCAAGUUACAUUGGUUGGUCAAGUGUUUGAGUCCUAUGUUUCGGAGUACCAUAAGAAUGACAUGCUUCUCAUCUUGAAGGAAAGAGACGAAGAUGCUCAUUACCCAGUUGUGGUUAAUGCCAUGACCCUUUUUGAGACCAACAUGGAAAUUGGGGAAUAUUUCAAUGCAUUCCCUAAUGAAGUGCUAACUAUUUUUGAUAAUGCACUGAGAAGAUCAGCCUUGACAAUUCUCCAGUCCCUUUCUCAGCCUGAAGGUCUCUCCAUGAAGCAGAAUCUUCAUGCCAGGAUAUCAGGAUUGCCUGUUUGUCCUGAGCUGGUGAGGGAGCACAUCCCUAAAACCAAGGAUGUGGGACACUUCUUGUCUGUCACGGGGACAGUGAUUCGAACAAGUCUGGUGAAGAUCCUGGAGUUUGAGCGGGAUUACAUGUGUAACAAGUGCAAGCAUGUAUUUGUGGUCCAGGCUGACUUUGAGCAGUAUUAUACUUUCUUCCGGCCGUCCUCAUGUCCCAGCUUGGAGAACUGUGAUUCUUCAAAAUUCACUUGCCUCUCAGACUUGUCAUCUCCAACUAGGUGUAGAGAUUAUCAGGAAGUCAAAAUUCAGGAACAGGUUCAAAGGCUAUCUGUUGGAAGUAUUCCACGAUCGAUGCAGGUUAUCCUGGAAGAUGAUUUAGUGGAUAGUUGUAAAUCUGGUGAUGACAUCACUGUUUAUGGAGUUGUAAUGCAGCGGUGGAAGCCCUUUAAGCAAGAUGUGCGCUGUGAAGUGGAGAUAGUCCUGAAGGCCAAUUAUGUCCAAGUAAAUAACGAAGAGUCUGCAGGGGUCAACAUGGAUGAGGAGGUCCGAAAGGAAUUUGAAGACUUUUGGGAACACUAUAAGAGUGAUCCUUUUGCAGGAAGGAAUGAAAUAUUGGCCAGCUUGUGCCCUCAAGUUUUUGGAAUGUACCUAGUAAAGCUUGCUGUGGCCAUGGUGCUGGCGGGUGGGAUUCAAAGAACCGAUGCUACAGGAACACGGGUCAGAGGUGAAUCUCAUCUUUUAUUGGUUGGGGAUCCUGGCACAGGGAAAUCUCAAUUCCUCAAAUAUGCAGCAAAGAUUACACCAAGAUCUGUGCUCACCACAGGAAUUGGAUCUACUAGCGCAGGUCUCACGGUAACUGCUGUAAAAGACUCAGGAGAAUGGAAUUUGGAGGCGGGAGCAUUAGUCCUCGCAGAUGCUGGCCUCUGCUGUAUCGAUGAAUUUAAUAGCCUCAAAGAGCAUGACAGAACUAGCAUCCACGAAGCAAUGGAGCAGCAAACCAUUAGUGUCGCUAAGGCUGGCCUCGUGUGCAAACUGAACACAAGGACCACCAUCCUCGCAGCAACUAACCCCAAAGGCCAGUACGACCCCCAUGAGUCUGUGUCAGUGAACAUUGCCCUUAGCAGCCCACUCUUAAGUCGAUUCGACCUGAUCCUCGUUUUGCUUGAUACCAAGAAUGAAGACUGGGAUCGUAUCAUUUCCUCUUUUAUCUUAGAAAACAAAGGUUACCCAAGCAAAUCAGAGAAGCUCUGGAGCAUGGAAAAGAUGAAAUCCUACUUCUGCCUCAUUAGGAAACUACAACCCACACUGUCUGAUGAGGGUAAUCAAGUUCUGCUGCGGUACUACCAGAUGCAAAGGCAGAGUGACUCCCGGAACGCUGCCCGGACCACCAUCCGCCUGCUGGAGAGCUUGAUACGACUAGCAGAAGCUCAUGCUCGCCUGAUGUUUCGUGAUACAGUGACUCUGGAAGAUGCUGUUACAGUGGUGUCGGUAAUGGAGUCCUCCAUGCAGGGAGGUGCGCUGCUAGGAGGGGUGAAUGCACUCCACACUUCCUUUCCUGCAAACCCUCUGGAGCAGUACCAGAGGCAGUGCGAACUUAUUCUGGAAAAGCUGGAGCUGCCCAGCCUCUUGAGUGAAGAACUGAGAAGGCUUGAAAGGUUACAGAAUUGGAGUGUGGAUCAAUCCCAGCCGCAGGCCGUGGAAGCAGAGACAGUUCCAGGGUCCCUGGGAGGUGAUGCCCGGAAAGAAUCAAACUUCAGGACAUCAACGCAGCAGGAAGUAAACUGUAGCACCCAUCAGUUCUCUAUUGGAGGCAGUUUCGGGGGAAGCCCACUUCUCGGUCCCCCAUCCCAUCUGGGGCCUAAGAGACCAACAAGUGGAAAGCAUUCAGAGGAGCACAGAAACAGCCAGGAUGACAGUUUGGACUGGUUUGAUUCCGUGGCAACUCAUCCGACUGAACCUAAAAACACUACUCCUGUGUCUCCUAGUCCCAAAACAAGUAGGGGGGCAAUGGCUUUGAAAAUCUGCAACAACAGAUCUCAGGGUAAGGAGGAUAGGGAGGCAGGCCAAAGGAGAAAAUUGGAGACUGAACCACUUCCAGCAGCAGGAGAGACAGAAGCUCCAUUGAGGCCAGACGACCGUGAGGGUGAAAGGGCAAGAGAGGCUACCACGGUUUCUGAAGCUGCCAUAUCUGCUGAUGAACCCGACUCGGUGCUGACUCAUCACGUCCCCAGGAAACUGCACGAGCUGCACAAGGCGAGGGCCCAGGAGUUGUGCAGGAAUCCCACCAGGCUGCCCUCGCAACCCACAGGCCCUUCUCAGCCCACUCCUAUCCAGAGCCCAGAGAGAGUGCUGGAAACUCCCAAAAGAAAGAGACAGAAGUCACACACUCGGGCGCAAGAGCCCCACCAUGAAAGUGUUGAGAGUCUGGGUGCCCCUGUGGCCAAACUGGCAAAAUUCACUUUCAAACAGAAGUCAAAACUGACCCAUUCCCCUGAAGACCAUGGCCCUGUGUCUGCUGGCACCAGUAAACCAGUAAUUCAGAGUCCUGAAACUCCCCAGCGUGGAGCAAAAGGAGCAGCUCUGCCUGGGAAGGGCCCGGAAAAGCUGGCCUCCCCCUCCAGAAUUAGAAACUCGGCUCAGCCGCAGGAUGAGAUAAGGGGGCUGUCACGGCAGCCACCCUACAAAGACAGACCAGGAGAGAAGAGGGAACGCGCCCCUGCAAAAGGAACUGUCCAGCCUGAGUUAGAGCUUGGUAAUGACACGGGGCGUUUCCGUCUUGCUAGUGAAAGAGUCAGAAAGGAAGAGGUUUCAUGCAGUAACAAAAGCAGCAAGGUUCAUGCUUGCACAUUAGCCAAAUUGGCAAACUUCUCCUUUACUUCCCCCUCUGAAUCCAAAUCAGAAUCCCCUCCUCCUCAAAGUAAGAACCUGGGCGAGGGUGGCCCCAGCUGUGGGGCCACAGCUACAGCACUUGGCAGGAAGAGGAAAACUUUUCAGCUGGACACAUCCACCGAGAAACUAAGUCUUUCCAAAACAUCUCUCUUCACUUUACCAGAACUAGAUGAUGAACCGUUGGAUUUUGAUUGGGAUGAGGAGCUGAGAAAAAAGCCGUAAUCAUGAAAAGCUCUCUGGUCAAGUUUCACCCUCCCCUACCAAAGCCAGCCCCACCAGGAUAUCAGCGUGGCAUUUACAGAUGUGGACACCAUUCUGAAUCCCACCCCCUACCCCCACCAUCAGGUUUUGUAAAUUCAGGUUUAUCCUCAUGACGUGAAAAGCUGUACAAUCAUUGUAGGUCACUGUGAUACCAGCGCAUGAAUUGCAUUAAUUAGCAACUGUGCCUUGAUUUUAAGGGGGUGGGUUUUCCUGAGACCUCUUCUUUCAUUCCCUCAGGAACAAAUGCCACGAAGGUAACAAGCUAACAAGUCAGAUGAACUCUUUUUCUGUUGUUUUUUUUGUUUUUCACCCAAGAUGUGCUGAGUACGGUAAAUAUUAUUAUGAUUUGUGAGAAUCAUGUGAUUUUUCUGAAAUUUUUUAUGUUUAUUCUCGUGUCAUAUUAAAUAUUAUUAAAGCUUUUGUUUCUCCAAGAGGCCUUCUCACAAUUCCAUGGUAGACUUAAAGAUCUGGCAGCUGGUCAAAGAGACGCUUUCUUGGGAUAUUGACCUGAGUUUUCCUUUCUCUCUUGAGCCAACAAUUUAUGCUUCAGAUUCUUCUUUAUGUCUUGGGGACUUACCUUCAACACAAUUUAAAUCCUGCGGUUGGAAGAAGAGGGUGUAUGGUAAUCUCAGUCAUAUAUCAUGGCACCCAUCCAAGUGGUUAAUAUGGAAACGUGAUUCCUACUAAGUUAUGAUUCAUUUGUCUUUAAACCCAAACAAUGACUGUCUGGUAGGAACAGACAGCUCAAGGCUUGUUUUUCUUAAAUGCUUUUAGAAUAACUUCUUCCCUUAGAUUCUAGCAAGGAUUCCAUAAUUACAAACUUUCUGUCCUGGAGUUUUAAUUUUUAAAAUGAUAAUAGAUUCUUUCAUUGUCUGAGGGACUUUCAGCAUGAGGAAUACUGAAAGCUAUACAUACUUAGUUUAAUGAUCACUUCAUUGAAUUCAUACAGAAAAAAAUUUAAGAAUCUCAAUUUUUCUUGAGCAUUUAAAUAUUAAUUCCAAAAUAGACUAAUUAAAUUUUCUGAAAGAUUUUAAACAGUGACUACAAAUAUAGUAUGGGUGAGUCUUUUGAGAUCAUCAGACAACUUAAGCUGCUGAUAAGACAUACCUAAGCAGUGAUUAUAACAGUUGUUAUUGCACAUUCAUUUAAACCUAUCCUAGAACAUCAAGACUAUCGUUUAGGUAAUUUCUUAUUUCUGUACUUUCACUGACUUCCUGGAGAAGGCAAUGGCAACCCACUCCAGUACUCUUGCCUGGAAAAUCCCAUGGAUGGAGGAGCCUGGU